UAUUAUUAAAAUAUGUUCUUUUAAAUUUUUUUCUAGGUGAAUGUCGGAUGUGUACCCAAAAAGGUAAUGUGGAACACGGCCGUCCACUCUGAAUUCAUGCACGAUCACGUUGAUUACGGCUUUCAGAGUUGUGAUGGUAAAUUCAAUUGGCGGGUUAUAAAGGAAAAGCGGGAUGCCUAUGUGAGCCGCCUGAACACCAUCUAUCAAAAUAAUCUAACCAAGGCCCACAUAGAAUUCAUCCCUGGCUAUGCAGCAUUCACGGGUGACCCCACGCCCACGGUAGAGGUCAAUGGCAAAAAGUACACUGCUCCUCACAUCCUGAUUGCAACAGGUGGCGUCCCCUCGCAUCCUCAGGAGAGCGAGAUCCCCGGUGCCCACCUAGGAAUAACCAGUGAUGGAUUUUUUCAACUGGAAGAAUUGCCUAGCCGCAGUGUCAUUGUUGGAGCAGGAUACAUUGCUGUGGAGAUAGCAGGGAUCCUUUCUGCCCUAGGUUCUAAGACAUUACUCAUGAUACGGCAUGAUAAGGUACUUAGAACUUUUGAUUCAAUGAUCAGUUCCAACUGCACUGAAGAGCUGGAGAAUGCUGGCAUAGAGGUCCUGAAGUACUCGCAGGUCAAGGAAGUUAAAAAGACUCCCUCGGGCUUGGAACUCUCCGUGGUUUCUUCAGUUCCUGGUUGGAAACCCACCUUAACCACGAUUCCAGAUGUUGACUGCCUGCUCUGGGCCAUUGGGCGGGACCCAAAUUCCAGCGGCCUGAAUUUAGACAAACUGGGAAUUCAAACUGAUUACAAAGGUCACAUCAUCGUAGAUGAAUUCCAGAAUACUAACGUGAAAGGCAUCUACGCAGUUGGGGAUGUGUGUGGAAAGGCUCUUCUUACUCCAGUUGCCAUUGCUGCUGGCCGAAAACUUGCCCAUAGACUUUUUGAAUGCAAAAAAGAUUCCAAAUUAGACUAUGACAACAUCCCCACGGUGGUCUUCAGCCACCCCCCUAUUGGCACAGUGGGACUCACAGAAGAUGAGGCCAUUUCUAAAUACGGAAAGGAAAAUGUGAAGACCUAUUCAACCACCUUCACCCCAAUGUAUCAUGCAGUUACCAAAAGGAAAACAAAAUGUGUGAUGAAAAUGGUUUGUGCUAACAAAGAGGAAAAGGUGGUCGGGAUCCAUAUGCAAGGAAUUGGGUGUGAUGAAAUGCUGCAGGGUUUUGCUGUUGCAGUCAAAAUGGGAGCCACAAAAGCCGACUUUGACAACACAGUUGCCAUUCACCCUACCUCUUCGGAAGAACUGGUCACAAUGCGUUGAGAACGCAGACUUGUGUGGCUAGCAGUUGGACCAGUAGACCUUCUGAAAUGAACCAAAUAAUCACAUU